AAAUAAAAAGUUUUAAGAAAAUUAAAAAUUAUAUGCAAGCAAUAAAACAUAUUUCAUCUAAGCUACAUUACGUAAUAAAUCCGUCGACUUACAUGGAUAUGUCCCUGAUUGCAGCAAAUACAUACAUACAUACAUAAAUGUAUAUGAAUUCGCUUGAUUAAUUUCCAACUUAACGGAAGUACGCCAAAAACAGAUAAGUUAGAAGCCACAAAAUAGACAACGACAACGAAGCAACACAUAAUAAAAUCACACAAACAAUAAAUGUCACAAUCAAGCAAAUACAAUAGUUAAUGCAACACAAUAAAAGUAAAAGAGGAGCACAAUUUUUUUGUUGAGAUUACAAUCAACAGACUUAAAUUGCUAAAGAAAAGAACGCGAACUCAAUCAGCAGCAUAAAACGCUUUGACGUCGUUCGGUCCAGCGCGCAUGCAUUCGUUUGGACUUCAGCUAUUACGCACGUAAGCGACAGCUAGUUAUCUCUUUUAUUGAUAUUGUUGCUUCACGCAAGUUUACACAACAUAAGCAAAUACGCGAUCAGUUGGAGACACGUCGCUGCUGUCGCCAAGUCAAGUUUUCCGUAACCACGCCACAUCAUCAGCAUAAGCAACAACAAACGGACGCGAAACGUCGGCAAUUGACGAGCGACGACGCUGUCGAUAUACUCUUUUGAAUGGAAACACUGGACAGUGGCAUUUAUGAGACGCAUAACUGCCGACUGCAAGUUAACGCAGCACAUAGCAACCACAACGCCAACGACGACGACACCGUCAACGGCUGCAUAAACGCGACUCGCGUACGACAAGCACAACAAAAGCGGCGCUAUUGCUACCUGCUCGCUAGCGGCGACUACACGCUGUGGAUUGUCAAACUGAACUAUCCAAAAGACCGAUAAAUUUCAAUCCAACUUCACUACUAAGGAUUCCAUCGACUAUUUUUUUACAAUUCGUAAAUAAAUAGUUACAGCAUCGCAUACCGGAAAGUUUGAAAAAACACCGCAAACCAAAACCAACGAUUUUUAAGUGAUUAAUUUCACUUUCUCAAUUUUCUUUAUUUAAUUUAUUCGUCUCGAUUCAAGCGAGAGAAAAGCCAACAAAAAACCGAACUCAUAGAAUGGUAGAAGGUGAUUCGAUUAAGAAUAAAAGUGAUUCCUAUAAUGUAGAGGCUGGCAUCCAACCAAACUACAAUAGCAGCAGAAACAACUCGAUCGACAAUCGUUCCAUUCUACAGCCCUAUUCAUUGGGCAGUGGCGGCAAGGAUCCCGAAUACCAAUUUGCAGCAGUCAACAAGGGUUACGAGACGGACAUAAGCAGCGCUGGCGGUGAUAAGCAUGACGUAGAAAAGGGUAGCGCGGCCGUCAUUGAGGUCACCAACGGCGUCGCCAUACACGGUGGCAACGGCGGCGGCGGCAACAAUGGCGGAGGCUCUGGCGCCGAUGGUCGUCGCUCCACUGGCAUACGGGCCGGUUUCGAGCAGGCCAUCGAACUAUGCGGCUAUGGCAAAUUCCACUAUAUCCUACUGGCCAUUUGCGGUCUGGUGAGCACCAGCGAGGAAAUGGACGUCAUAUCGAUGUCGUUCAUUCUACCAUCGGCAGAAUGUGAUUUGGAUUUGAAUACGAGCUCCAAGGGUUGGCUCAAUUCGAUCAUUUUCAUUGGCAUGAUGGUGGGCGCCUACUUCUGGGGCAGUAUCGCCGAUGCGGUGGGACGUAAGAAGGUGCUCAUUGUGAUCUCCUUCAUGAAUGGCUUUUGUAUUGUUGCAUCGUCAUUUUCGCAAACCUACGAAUGGUUUAUGCUGUUUCGCUUUCUCAACGGCGCGGCUCUCGGCGGCAGCGGUCCGGUCAUUUGGUCGUACUUCGCCGAAUUCCAGCCGAAAUCGAAACGUGGCUCCAUGUUGAGUUUCAUGGCUGCCUUCUGGACUUUUGGUAAUCUCUUUGUUGCCGGCCUGGCGUGGUUGAUCAUCCCCAGCAGCAUCGGCUUCAAAACAGAUUUAAUUACAUACAAUUCCUGGCGUAUCUUCUUGAUGGUGUGCGCCCUGCCAUCAUUCGUUGUCGCUUUCCUACUCUUCUAUCUGCCGGAAUCGCCGAAAUUCUUAUUGACCAAGGGCAAACAAGAAAAGGCGAUGGCCAUCUUUCGUGGCAUCUUCGUGACGAACACCCGCCGACCGGCCGAACAAUAUCCCGUUGCCGAAUUGGACAUCGAUGAGAAAUUGUUGGCUGAGAUUAAGGAAAAUCAGGCUGGCGUCAAGGGCAAGUACAGUAAAAUGAUGUCGAGCAUGGCCGAGCACAGUAAACAGCUGUUCACCUCUCCCAUACUGAAAUUCACACUCGUCUCGAUUAUCAUCAACUUUACCUUCCACAUCGGUUAUUACGGUCUGAUGAUGUGGUUCCCCGAGCUUUUCAAUCGCUUCGAGGAAUACAGUCACGAUCAUCCCGACGAACAUGCUGGCGUCUGCACAGUCACCAAAUAUGUUGUCGCCCAGGGCGAAACGGAAACGGGCACCUGUUCAGCGCAGAUACCGCAGAGCGUUUUCCAGGAGUCGUUAAUUUCACUGGCUUCGGCGCUGCCAGCCAAUUUGAUUGCCAUUUUGGGCAUGGAUUUAUUGGGUCGCAAAUUUUUCCUUAUAUUCGGCACCAUGACGGCUGGUGUGUGCUCGGCUGCCAUGAAUUUCGUCUUCAACUCUACACAGAAUUUGAUCGUGACGGCUAUAUUUAGUGGUGCCAUAUCGGCUGCAAAUGCGGCCUUGGACUGUCUCAUCACCGAGGUGUUCCCGACACAUUUGCGCGCCACCGGUGUGGCUAUAUCGAUGGUGGCGGCGCGUAUGGGUGGCAUCAUUGGUAACAUUGUGAUUGCGACACUUCUGGAUCACUAUUGCCCAGCUCCGACGUAUAUUGUGGCAACCCUGUUGAUAGGUGGCGGUCUCAUGUGUUUGAUGUUGCCCAACACAACUCGUAAAGAAUUGAACUAAUCCAUCAAACGUGUAUUAGAUAAUAAGAGGCAGAAGGAAGGAAACCCCAAGAGAUGGGAAAAUGGAGAAGUAGAGAAACAGGGAGUAGACACAUACGAGUUUGGUAAAAAUACUCGGAACUAACGAAUUUCUUCAAUGAAUCUAGUUGAGUUGGAAACAAAUGCACGUACACAUAUAAAAACAAAAACAAAAACCCCAGCAUAUAUGUAUGUACAUCUAAGUAAUAAAGUAAUAUCGCUUAGGAACUUGUUGUAAAUUUUCUAGCCAUGUAAUAUAUGUAACUACCGAUUAAUAUAAAAGUAAAAAAGUAAACAAAUUUACAUAAA